AUGCCGGUUCUAUGUCCGCAUUUCAUUGAUGGCGUUUGCGAUCUGUUAGUUCCAGUCCUUCGCUCCAAAACUAUUCACGCAGUUACUCAGUUCCAAGAUCUUCCGAAAGAUCAGCAACACGCCACUCAGAGAGCGAUGGAUAUGUCGAGUUUCUCCACGUUUCCGAACAUCAAUCUAGACGACUUUCUCAAUUCGAUACACCCCAUGGGUGGUGCUGAUGCGCCCCCCGACUACGAUGGGUAUCUGGCCGUACCGUCAUCAUCGUAUGAUAUGUUCAGUGAUGCAUUGGAUGCCAACAGUAGAUCCAUCGCUCCGACACCUCAACAUCUUGAUUGGCAAGGACAAGUCUUCCUCGGGGAGCGUCUGAUGACCCAACAAGUAGACGGCGAAGACCCAAAAGUCACUACUCCUGGAGACUCGGCCAGCCUCAAGCGUAUAGCCAGCGAUGUACUCGCGACACCCAAAUCAAACAAACGCACGAAGUCCACGACUGUAUGCCUUUCUACCCCAAAAGGUCGUUCUCGUCAGCAACGACGCUCGAGCAAGUGGAACAACCAGACAGCCGGCCCAAAGGGUUUGCAAAGGCUCGACCCACCCGAAACAAGGAUGGGAGAUCUUGAGAGUGAGAUUCAGCAGCUUCGGGAUCAGCUCGAGAAGACACAAAGAAAGCUUAAACAGUCGCAGAAAGUAGAGAAAGAGCUGAAGAGGCAAAACAUGGGGUUGCGUCUGCAGUUGGAACAGAAGACUAGAAGGACAAGUGACACGACCUCGGAAUUCCCUCAUGGCAGCAAUUCCGUGCAUUUGCCGUUGGAUCAGAGGUCCGCCGACAAGGGGGCAAGUACAAACUCUUCAGUGGUACCAUCAAAUGAAUCAGAAGAUCCUUACGAAGAACACGAAACUAUACCUAAUUUCAGAGGCGAAACAUCAUCUGCUCCCAUGAACACCACACUUUUCGGUCCACUUUUCACACAUGUGCCUUCGGCGACUCUUCCAAAGCGGCCAGUGUUUCUGUUCACUUUGCCUUCGGACCCUGAAUCUCCCCUUGCGCGUUAUUCCAAAACAGCCCAAGCGGAAGAACUGUUGGAUAUCUCUGAAUUCUACCCGACUGAUGCGGAAUUGGUAGACCUCGGUUUUCCUCAAAUGGACUGA